AUGACUAUGGCUACCGAGCAGAUGCCGGACGCCUCUUUGCAGGCCCCGGAAAACGCCAAUCAGCCAGCGAAACUGCCAGCUAUACCCAAAGGAGCCACCGUCCGAAGACGUCCCAUACCAACGCGCAUCCCCUCCACGCGCGCGUCCAAGCGCAUCUACAUCACCGCCAAGACGCCCUUCCGGUCCGUGACGGCGCGCGUGCGCAAGCAGCUCGACAAGAACCUGCGCCAGGCCUCGUCCGCGAGUAACGCGUUCACGAAUAAGCUGGCCGCCAACAAGGGUGCGUCACUGGACGACCGGGUCCGCGCCAUCCAGCGACACUCCUCUCAGGCCUCGAAAGGCAGUGGUAACGGUAACGGUAGCGGGAACGGGGUGGCGACGGGACUCGAGAAUGCCGGCGAGGUUGUGGUCCUAGGUACCGGGCGCGCUAUCCAGAAGGUCGUCGAGGUCGCGCUGUUCUUCCAGAAGCAGAACGAUUGUAUCGUACAGAUGAAGACGGGGAGCGUGGGCGCGAUCGACGACGUGGUUCAGGAGGGGGAUGAGGAGUGGGGUGGUGAGGGCGAGGAGAGGGUCAGGAUGAUGAGCUCGUUGGAGGCGUCGAUUAGGCUUAGGUGA